CUCCCGCCGGCCUCGCUGCCUCCUCCCGCCUCCCUCGCUCGCUUGUUGGCUCCCUCCCCCGCGGCCGGCUCGGCGCUGACUCCGCCGCACGCUGCAGCCGCGGCUGGAAGAUGGCGGGGAACGACUGCGGCGCGCUGCUGGACGAAGAGCUCUCCUCCUUCUUCCUCAACUAUCUUGCCGACACCCAGGGUGGGGCAUCUGGGGAGGAGCAACUCUGCGCUGACUUUCCCGAGCUCGACCUGUCCCAGCUGGAUGCCAGUGACUUCGACUCGGCCACCUGCUUCGAGGAGCUGCAGUGGUGCCCGGAGAACCCCGAGACUGAACCCAUCCAGUACAGCCCCGAAGACUCGGAGCUCUUCCAGAUAAUCGACAGUGAGAAUGAAGCCCUCCUGGCAGCGCUCACCAAGACCCUGGAUGACAUCCCUGAAGAUGACGUGGGUCUGGCUGCCUUCCCGGCCCUGGACGGUGGAGACGCACCGUCCUGUGCUUCGCCUGCCCCCCUGUCUGCGCCCCCCAGCCCCUCCCUGGAGAAGCCCCCAGCCCCGGCCCCUGAGGUGGACGAGCUCUCGUUGCUGCAGAAGCUCCUCCUGGCCACAUCCUCCCCGACAUCAAGCUCUGACAUCCAGAAGGAAGGGACCGCCUGGCGCCAGGCAGGCCUCAGGUCCAGAAGUCAGAGGCCUUGUGUCAAGAUGGACAGCACCCAAGACAAGAAGGGCCCCAUGACUCAGUCUCAGAGCCGGAGUUGCACGGAACUGCAUAAGCACCUCACCUCGCUGCCAUCCUGCCCCCAGGCUACAGCCCACUCCUCAGACACGAGCCUGCAGCCGCCACGCCCCCUUAGUCCCUGGCUCCCUGCCAAGGAGGAUGAGGAGCUGGGUGAGGACUGCCCGAGCCUCCAGGCAGCUCCAGCCUCUCCCCGGGACUACUCAGCACCAGGCAGAGCAGGCCCUGGUGCCCAGGUCUCCCAGGAGGACAUGCAGGCGAUGGUGCAGCUCAUUCGCUACAUGCACACCUACUGUCUCCCUCAGAGGAAGCUGCCCCCACAGGCCUCGGAGCCAGCCCCGCAGCCCUGCAGCAGCCCCUUCAAGCAGAUCAGACCCCGGCCCCUGUCCCAGCACCCUUCCAAAGCCGCUUGGGCUGAGUUCUCCAUCCUGAGGGAACUUCUGGCUCAAGAUGUCCUCUGUGAUGUCAGCAAACCCUACCGGCUGGCCACGCCUGUCUACGCCUCCCUCACGCCCAGGCCCAGGCCCAGGCCCAAAGACAGCCAGGCCUCCCCUGGCCACCAGUCCCCCGUGGAGGAGGUGAGGGUCGCACCUUCUCCCAAGAGCACCGGGCCCAGACCCAGCCUGCGCCCACUGCGCCUGCAGGUGAAAGGGCACGUCAGCCGGUCGGCCAGGCUGCGGCAGGAGGAGGAAGAUGAGGAGGAAGGAGAGGAGGAGGAGGAAGAAGAAAAAGCAGAAGAGGAGGAGGAUGAGGAGGAAGAAGAGGAGUGGGGCCGGAAAAGGCCCGGCCGAGGCCUGCCGUGGACCAUGCUGGGGAAGAAGCUGGAGAGCUCGGUGUGCCCCGUGCGGCGCUCCAGGAGACUCAACCCCGAGCUGGGCCCCUGGCUGACGUUCACCGACGAGUCUGAGUCGCUGGUGCCUGGGGAGCCCCAAGGAGCUCUGCCCUCACUGCGCUUGGCUCCUGGGGCCUACGACAUGGAGCGGGAGCUGGGCAGCCCCACGGACGAGGACAGUGGACAAAACCAGCAGCUCCUACGGGGACCCCAGAUUACAGCUCUGGAGAGCCCCUGUGAGAGUGGGUGUGGGGACACGGAUGAGGACCCCAGCUGCCCGCGGCUCUCUUCCAGAGACUCUCCCAGGUGCCUCAUGCUGGCCUUGUCACAAAGUGACCCUCCUUUCGACAAGAAGAGUUUUGAGCAGAACCUGACGGUGGAGCUCUGUGGCACAGCAGGACUCACCCCGCCCACCACGCCUCCGUACAAGCCCACAGAGGAGGACCCCUUCAAACCGGACAUCAAGCACAGCCCAGGCAAGGACAUGGCUCCCAGCCUCCCCUGCCCCAAGGGCCUCCAGCUUGGGGCCACCACAGGGCCUGCCCACAAGCUGCCAAAGAAGCGCCCCGAGCGGAGUGAGCUCUUGUCGCACCUGCGGCAUGCCACAGCCCAGCCAGCCUCCCAGGCUGGUCAGAAGCGCCCCUUCUCCUGUUCCUUUGGAGACCACGACUACUGCCAGGUGCUCAAGCCAGAGGGCGCCCUGCAGAGGAAGGUGCUGAGGUCCUGGGAGCCGUCUGGGGUGCACCUUGAGGACUGGCCCCCGCGAGGUGCCCCACAGGCUGAGGCUCAGCCCUCCGGCAGGGAGGAAGACAGAAGCCAUGAUGCCGGCUCCUCCCCGAAGGACAGCAUGCUCUUGAGAGACCACGAGAUCCGCGCCAGCCUCACCAAGCACUUUGGGCUCCUGGAGACUGCCCUGGAGGACGAAGACCUGGCCUCCUGCAAGAGCCCCGAAUACGACACUGUCUUUGAGGACAGCAGCAGCAGCAGUGGCGAGAGCAGCUUCCUCCUGGAAGAGGAGGAGGAGGACGAUGAAGAUGAGGACUCGGGGGUCAGCCCCCCUUGCUCUGACCACUGCCCCUAUCAGAGCCCGCCGGGCAAGGCCAGUCGGCAGCUCUGUUCCCGCAGCCGCUCCAGCUCCGGCUCCUCAUCCUGCUGCUCCCGCUCACCCGCCACCCGAAGGACCUUCAGAUGUGAGAGCAGAGGGCCGUGUUCAGACGGAACGCCAAGCGUCCGGCAUGCCAGGAAGCAGCGGGAAAAGGCCAUUGGCGAAGGCCGCGUGGUGUACAUUCGAAAUCUCUCCAGCGACAUGAGCUCCCGUGAGCUGAAGAGGCGCUUUGAAGUGUUUGGCGAGAUUGUAGAGUGCCAGGUGCUGACGAGAAGCAAGCGGGGCGAGAAGUACGGCUUCAUCACCUACCGGCGUUCUGAGCACGCUGCGCUCUCGCUGAGGAACGGCGCUGCCCUGCGGAAGCGCAACGAGCCCUCGCUCCAGCUGAGCCUCGGAGGGCUGCGGCAGUUCUGCUGGCCCAGACACACUGACUACGAUUCCAAUUCAGAAGAGGCCCUUCCUGCGUCAGUGAAAAACAAGUAUGAAGCCAUGGAUUUUGACAGCUUGCUGAAGGAGGCCCAGCGGAGCCUGCAUUGAUAACAGCCUUAACCUUCGAGGAUAUACCUCAAUACCUCAGACAAGGCCCUUCCAAUAUGUUUACGUUUUCAAAGAAAUUAAGUAUAUGAGAAGGCGAGAGAGCGAGCGCGUGAGAGAACACACGUAAGAGAGAGAGAGAGAGAGACUUGAAACUGCUGUCCUUUUAAAAAAAAUCAAUGUUUACAUUGAACAAAGCUGCUUCUGUCUGUGAGUUUCCAUGGUGUUGACGUCCCACUGCCACAUUAGUGUCCUCGCUCCUGACGGGUUGUCCCGGGUGCGCCUCCAGUGCUGGGUCGGUCACCCAUCUCCCCUUCCUUCCCGACCGACUUCCCCUCGUAGACAUGCAGCCAUGUUCACCAUGACAUUUCUUGUCUGUAGUGUGUGAUGAUGAAAUUGUUACUCGUGAAUAGAAUCAGGAUUAUAAACUCAUUUUUAAUUGAAGAAAAAAAAGUAUAUCCUUAAAAUAAUGUAUUUAUGGCUCAGACGUUCUGUGCCUGGGAUUAUUGUAUCGCUUCCUUGGUUUUUAACUAUGCACUGUCAUGAGGUGUUUGCCACUGGGCUGCUGUGCUCCCUUUGCCAGAACGCCCCCGAGGUGCUGGGUGGCCAGCAGGCUGGUCCCCGGGGAGGCACGGCCUGCAGCCACGACUAGGAGCCAUGGAGACAGGUUUCUGGGCCUCUUCUGCCAAGCCCUGCCCUUCUCUCAUCCAGCAGCUUUGGGUCUGGUUACAAUCAGAGCCCUCAUCUGGUGCCCAGCUCAUGCUAGAGUUUGUGCCUGGCCAUGAGUGCUCAGAUCCUCACGGGCUUGUAAGGGAGGCAUGUGAGCUGCAUUAUUUCAUUUUUUCCAGGGGAGGCAGGUAGUGCCCCGAGAGGCAAAAUGACUUGCCCACGGUCUCACGGCCAGGGAGAGGGCAGAGCAGCGACCCAGCCCAGGCCUCCUGUUUCCUGCAGGACUUAUGCUCCUGCAGUCACUGGGGUAAAGAUGCAGAGUUUCAGGGGCUGGUGGAAGUGAAUUCAGCUAAAUUGGGCAACAGGCUAGAUGCCUAGGGGCUCAUUUUGGGAGUUAAGUCAACAGCUAACUCGCCAGCCUUAGGCGAGUUCAGGCUCUGGCACGUGUCUUGAUCCAAGGGGUCCUGUGGUUUGCCUACACCUGUGGACACACCAUCAGAACUUUAGUGACACACCUAGAGUGGCAUGGGCAGGUGAUCUGGGAGCAGUCAUCCUUUCUGGGCCAGCCACCAACCCAUCCUACUCCCUUCAGCUUGUGUUUCCCUUUCCCUCGCCUGAGAAGUUGUUUUGGUGGCGGGGGCCACAGAAGGGAAUGGGAGGGGUGGAGGCGGGGUAAGACAAUCUCCAAGCUCCUUUUCAACUUAGAGCACAUUCUAAUCAGGCUUCACUUUAAAGUUUGUGUUCUUGAGUGAUGGCAAAGCCACGUCCAGCUUGGAUGUUCUGCGGGUGCCUUGGAGGCUGUUCAGGAGGGAGGGCGUGGCCAGCAGGGUGUGGGCACAUUGCUUCUGCUUCAGACAAAUCAAGCACCUCCAACUUGAUCUCUUUCAGACAUCAGGGUUCCCUGGGAAGUUUUUGUAUUUAAAAGAAAAAAGGCCCUGCUGCUUUAAAAGCGUUUGAAACUGACUUAUUAAACUAAACAAGCUAAUUUAAUAUAUUCCUAGUGCCAGGCCUAGUCCUCUGAGAAUUGGUAGUUGAUUUUUUUUUUUUUAAGAUAAUCAAAUACCUCAGUAGGUAAACUGGGCUGAUGAACUUGUCCUAGGCGAUAAGUAUACUUCAAGCCCAUGGAGAAGGGUGGAGGAGACAGGCUUUAGCAGGAAUAGAGAAUUUGAGCACCUGUGUGUCAAGUCAUUGACUUCUCUGGGUCCCAAUUUUCUUUUCUGUGAAAUGGACUGAGGGAGAGAAUGAGGCAAGUUGAUCUGCAAAGUCCCUGCCAGCUCUAACAGUCUUAGUUUCUAUGAAGGCAUGGUCUAGCUCAAGAUGGCAGAUUCAUGGCAUGUGCACCACUACUCCUACAUCCUUGGCCAGUGGCAGGCAUAACUAAUUGACCACAGCACUCAUGUUCUUUGAGCUCAGUCAUGCUAUUGGAAUCCUCAACCCAGUGGUCUGGGCAGCCAUUACUAAUUGAUCAGAGUUUAACCUAUUCGACAUCCUGGCCUAUCUUUGAAAGGUUUCCAUCACACAGAAACAUAUGGUGGCUGGGUUUCAUGCUGGCCCAUCCCCGUCUGUCAUACCCUGAUCUAUGAGAAAAAAGUCCCCUAAAGCCAUUCCCUGGCACAGGACUCCCAAUACUACUGUGACACACAGUCCCAUUUGGGACCUGGGGUGGGGGUGGGGAGGGGAAUAGUGGACAUGAACGUGUUUGGGAAAGGCAGGGUUUAUGAGGAUGGACACCAAAAAAGGGACUUUCCACAGCACAGACCUGAACAUUCUAAAUUCCUUUUAUAGCUGUUCACUGCCUAGCACACAGUAGGCACACAGUACGUGGUUAUGGAAUACAAUGGAAUCAAAUCGAAUUUAAAUCCAUCUGCUGCCUCCCCUAAGGCCUCGUUUGCACCGAGGAGUAACCUGAGUUCACUGCGCGGAAGCCGGUGGGAAAGCACUCUCUGGAUUCAGAGUUGGACUCGGUCCCCUCUAAGCCCCUCCUCUGGGCUUCUUCCUCCAUUGCACUAGGCCAGAGGCUCUCCCGUGGGCAGGUGGUACUUUAGGGUAAAGAAAUGCAGAUUUUUAGGGAAGGACAAGUUUCUCCCUCCCCUCUUCUGGGUCAGCUGAAGCUGCCCUUUCACUUCAGAUUAGUGCAGGGCACUUAUUUCUUAGACAUUGGCCCUUGAGCAGAGCAGAGAUCUGAGUGUGGCGUUGGGACAUAAGGUCAGAGCUGGGGGCCGGUGAUGGGAGAGGAUGCCUUCCAAGAGCAUCGAGCAGUUUCUGCUUACCAUCCAGUAUGUAAAAGGCUACAGGUUCUAAAACUGGCUGACCCUGCAGACAACCUCAAUCCGGAAGACUCAUUCGGUGCUGUGUAUUAUUUAUCAAGGAGACUCCAAGGUCUCUCCAGGAAAACUAGUCAACCUUGGUCUCUUUCCCACCAAAUUAAGGAGUAACCCAGAGGGAGCAGCUGCCAUUGGCAACCAUCUCGUUGUAGCUCUGUCCUAGUGUUUGCUCUCGAUGAUGUUUACAUGUGACUGCCAUAAAAGCUUACUGUAGACUGUGUCGAUAGCCGCCCACACAGGGCAGGUUGUACUGUCUGUCUCUGUGCCGUGCUGGUGUCUCCCAAAAUGUCUGAUCCAACCGCUAAGUGGAAUUCUUCCAUCUCCUUCCUCAGUCUACAAGACUGAAUCAGAAUCCUCAUUCUCGGGGGCUCUGGUUACCGAAGGAAAAUGCAUCAAAGAGGUAAAGGAUAUGAGUGGAUGGAGUGCAGCUAAGCCCCACCCCCAGUCCUGCUUACCCCAUCACAGCUUGCCCCCCCAACCUGAGAACUGCUUGGAGUCAAAAAGCACCAGUCAGGUGUCUGCAUCUGCCAUGAGAUCUCACAGCAUUGCGUGUGGAAUGUGCUCAGCAGAGAGGCAGGGCUCCGGGGGGCUUUGGGGCUGGGAAGAGGGAAGAAGGAAUGCUCUGAGCUUCGAAGACUCAGUACCCGAGUCCUGAUGUGGGAAGAGAUGCAACAGGAAGUCUUUCAUUGCCUAAAGCCUAUGCUUGUUGAUGUUCUGAGAGAGAUUUCUUCUAGGCGUGUGCAACACGCAUGCCGAGGCCACUGGGCAGGUGGUGAGUGGAGGGGGCAGGAGGCACUGACGUGUGAUCCUUCUGCGUGAACAGGUGGGAACCCCAUCCCAGGCCUCGGGUUCAGUUGAAGUCACAGCUGAGCCUGCAGCUUGAGAGCUGGGUCAUCCCAACGGUGAAGCAGAAUCAGCCCCAGAGGAUUUGUGAUAUGACCAAGGAAAGACAUUGGAUGGACAGUAGCAGAUAAAGUGAACCUAAUAGUUUGAUUGGCCAAAGAAAGGGGACCCGCUCACCCUUCCCACUGGGGCAGAAGGAGACCCAUUAGUACUUCUGUGCAACAUGUGUAAGCUGGCCCCCAAGUCCCUGAGGCAUUUGCACACACGAGUGGGCUCCAGGGCUACUUGCCGAGUCCAGAGGUACAGGGUGAAUGGAGGGAGAGCUUGGGAGCUGGGAACCCACUUGCACAGGGAUGCCCUUGACCCAAAACAGGCACGGGGUCAGGGGAGCCCCUGGGAGCCAGCUGCAGGAUGUCCAGGAGGUAGCCAGAAGCUAACUUUGCAUUGAACCAAUAAAAGCACUUUGAGAAAACCACAACACUGCAGCCUGGCUCCAUGUCUCUAUGCUGGCAAACGUAGGUCUCCUUUGGCUGUGUGAGGUCCUCUCCUAGGGACUGGGACACAGGGUCAGCAGGGGGGCUGGUGCGAGGGAGGAGAGAGCUGAGAGGCCUUCCUAGAUACUAGCAGCAGGAGAACCAAUCCUAGGUGGCCCUUUGCUGGCCUCUUUGUUGGAGGCCCUAGAAACAGGAAAUGGUGAGUUUCAAUCUUGGUACCUACUUUUGUAAAAAAAAAAAAAAACAAAACCAAACAAAAAAAAUUAAAACAGCCCGACUGAUUGAUUGAAAUGUGUUUGUGGAGCAAGUCAUUUAACUGUAAGCCAUCUCGGAGUGAGAAACCCAGUGUUUCUUACUUGCCAUGUCAUCUUGGGCCCUUGUUUCCUCAUCUAGCAAAAUGAGAAUAUUGGAUGGGAUGAGCACUAAGGCCCUUUCACCUCUGACGGGCUCAGAUUCCCAUGCUGGAGCAUCGGGCAUCCAUCACCAACCGGCGAAACCAAUUCCCUUCUCUGGCUGAGCUGAGCUCGUGUUCAGGGGGAGACUGCUCGCUCGGCAAGGUCACCAAGCAGCAACAGACUCAAACGCACACAGUCCUGGCUGAGUUACCUUAUUCCAGGAGGCCCACUCCCCAGGGCAGAUCUAAGCCAUAGUUUCUGGUGGGGACGGUGAGAAGUUAACCCCCAGCGCGGCUAGGUGGCGAUGUCGAAUCUCACAUUAGCCUUGUCAGCGUCCCCACCGAACAGCUUUUAAUCCGAAUGUUGUGACCACUUGGCUGUUUCUCUCUUGCUCUCAGACAAUACUAGCAAUACACUUGUGUUUUCAAAACAGCUUAACUUAGGGCACUUUUCGCACAUUUCUUUCAAAUGAUUGUAAAACAUAUGGGACAACAGGAGGCACUGAUCCCACUGAAUGUGUUUAGGGCAGCUUUUGUUUUCUGUUUCUUUAAUGGUAUAGCAGCGGGGACUGAGGCUUCGAGAUUGAGGGGGGGACAGAUUCUCCCAUAUUCCGUUGCAUCCGAAUGCCUUGCACGUGCAGAAGCAGCACAGAAAUCCAACUGCCCGAACUGGGGGCUUAGAAAAAAUGGUUUUGCUGACGGUCAGUGUCUGGGCCGUGCACCCCCUCCCAAAGAGCUGUUUCUAUAGCUAGAAACUGCUCUGUGCUGUAUCUUCCGUCGAAGGAUCCUCCAGGGAAGCCUGAUAAAGCCUCCUCUUCCACUCUGCCAGCCUUGCUCCCGGGUGACUUGGAAAGGGACCGGUUGGUCAGCCUCCACCUCAGCACUUUGCCUUAUCAAUGUCUAGUCGCCAUCUAGUGGCCAAAGACUGUAUCCACCAGCUACCCAGAUGGAAGGCAAAUGAAUCCUUUCUGCCACCUUGCUGUCCAACACCAACUUUGGGAAGAAAAUGUAAUGUCAUGAGCAAACUGUCCAUAUGUUUAGAGCCCAGUGUCACACCAGACAGAAGACUCCAGAAGCAGCCACUUAGUAGAUGCUCACGCAGAUGCAAGUGCACUAGCUGUCCUGUGGGCAGAGGAGACAGGAGUGGACCCUGUGUCCGGGUGCCCGGGAGGGGUUUACUGUAACUGCAAUACUGGCAGCCCAGCUGCUGUCCUUGUUAAGUGAACCUCUGCUAGGUGGCCUGCACUGUACCCUCGGGACAAGCCAAGAGGGUGGGUGUGAGGAUUCUGUGCGGGGGCUGGCCAUGGCCUUUGAUAUGGUCCACCAAAUAGCCAAACAGGUUAUUCUUUUGUUGUUAGUUUGUGUUUGUUUUAGUAUUUUGUAUUUAAAAAUCUUGUCAAGUGUUUUUGUGUUAGGAAUAAAAAGUCAUAAACUCUUCCCAACUUUGUUUCUUGAUGGAUGUUCUGAUUCCAAGAGAAACAGGUUGGAAAUCUCAAGGGGCGUGUGGUCAGUGGAACAGAGAAGUGGACCACUUGGGUUUCCAGACGGUUUCUGGGGGAGAUGACCACCCGGAAGUCUGGCUUGGUGCAUUCUGCUCUGGAAUUUGUACCCACCCCUUCACCUCCUUGUGCCAAGGUAUUAGCAUCGGCUUUGAGCAUCUGCCUCUAUCAGAGGCAGCUGCUAAUGUUGAAACCAACACAAGAUCCCUCUCCCCAACCCCAGGUUUCUAAAGAGACAGUGUCUGUAGCUAGCCUUAAUCGACUGGGCAAGGUGGUCCCUAUGGUCCCUUCCAGCGGUUCCAGAUCUUGGACUCAAAUCCUUUUCUCUUGGUGUGACCAUGCAGCCUAGAGAAUUCUGAGCAAUAGGGAGUCAGGGCUUUCCCUGGCUCUGUGACAGGGUCAAACCAGGGAAUGGCUAAACUUGUGAGUUUGGGCAUCCCCAGGGGUACUACCAUAGGGGGCAUUAUUUAUUAGGAAGCUCAACAAGGUAACUACAGCCUGGGGUGCAUGAGCGCAAGGCUGUGUGUGUGUGUGUGUGUGUGUGUGUGCGUGUGUGUGUGUGUCUGCGUGUGCACGCCUGUUUGUGUGUAUGUGUGGAAUUACAUUGAUGCAUUUCUUGAGAAAGGUGCAAGAAUUUCACCUACACAGAGGGACACAUCUGCUUUGUUAUUUAUAAUAGAAAGCUAAAUUUUAAUUUUUUAAAGGACACUGCUACUGAUUGAGAAUCGAGUUUUUAGUUUUGCUAUUUUUUUUAAUUGGUAGAGGAUUUUUAUAUAUUUUUUCCAUUUUGUUGGGUUGUGUCCUUAUUUAUAUAAAUACUUUAUCUGUAAGAGGCAAGGAAGAAACCUUCCUUGCUUUUAAUUAUUGUGGUCGUCAUCCCCCCCUAUUUUAUUUCUGGUGUGAUUUAUCUGUCUUACCUUCUAAAUGAGAAAAUGUUUUCCUGUAUUUGUACAUUGUCAGAUUCUAUAGUUUCAUAGAUAAUUUAACCAAAUUGCUCUAUGUAUUAUUAUUCCGUGAGUAUAAAGUUCUAUUUUAACGUCUGUAAAUACUCCAGAACUGGCUUCUUUUCUCAAACUCCUGCUGUGGAGUUACUGUUUACAUCACAAAAACUGUAGAAUCUCUAUGCUCAUGUACUGUAAAUAGUGAAGUGAUCUGCUUAUAAAUAAACUUAACAAAUACACUAUGGAGAUUAAAGAAAAUACCACCCACA